CGACAAACGAGCUAUUCCAGGAGAUAAGGACCGCUCUCAACACCAGCUGCAUUGAUCGUCUUAUUGUCAGUGAGGAGUCUAGCGAACGAAAGCGAUCAAGAGACGUAGCGACGGAACUCGCAACAGGGGACCGCUAUCACCGCAGCAACCUUAAAUUGCGGGCUGCAGUCUCAACGAUCCCGUCCCGCGUAUUGCGCUUCCACCAUGACCAGUCUCCAGCACAGUCACGUUGAUCCACAUCAUUUCGAUUUCCAGCAACUGCUCGGGUCGCACGAUCCGGGUCGAAGGAACGAAGCAAUGGUAAACGUAGACCGUGACGAGGACUCGAUAGCGAAUCCAGAUCGACACGUCAAUAAUGGCGAUGCCGCUCCCGUUCGUCAGCUCGAGUGGGAUGAUCGAUCGCACUGGAAGGUGCUUACACAAAUUCACGGCUCUGUCUGGCCCCGUGUACUGCCGUUUUGCGCCCUAAACGUUUGUUUGACCUACGCUAUUUACCUGCUCAAGCAACGGAACGUUAUCGAUCUCACCUCGAGUCCGUCCGGACACAAAUACAUGGCCAUCAUGAUGAGUUUUUUGGUUGUUACACGGGUCAAGAUCACCUACGACAACUACAUGGCCAAUUCACGUCACUUGGGAGCACUCUACAAGCAAUGCCGCGAACUCGUACAGUACGUGUGCGUCCUCACCAUGACGGAUACUAGCACCCGGGCCAAAGAGUGGCGCAAUAGCGUCGCCUACCGGACAAUUAUACUUUUGCGUGUCACCAUGGCGGUGCUGGAGUACCCUACCAAUCCAUCAGUGGAACCCUGGAACGUUCCGGAGUUGGCUUACGAAGAUCGGGAUGAUUUGCAACAUCUGGUCAUGUGGCCACCGCUGCACGCAAACGAAUCACCACAAACACGAUCUCCGCGGCGAUUUCGGCAGCUGCCCAUGCGGGAACGUACCGUACUGGAAGAAGCCUGUCGGGUACCGAUACUCCUCGCGUACAGUUUGCGGGUCGAACUCAUGAAGCAGCGGGACGGGACUUGGUUGCGGAAAGAUGUACUCCGACACCCCUGUAACGAGGAAAUGCGGAUGCUGGAUAUAGUGGGCGAUUAUAUCAAAGCCUAUUCUGGUUUGCAAAAACUCAUGGCGACACCCCUUCCGUUUCCUCUCGUGCAAAUGACCAAAACAUUUCUGUUCGUCUGGAUAUUCAGUUUACCGUUUUGUUUGUGUCACGAUUCCUACUCUCAACCCUUCACCCUGCUCACUAUUAUCUUUCUCAUUACCUUUGGUUUUGUCGGAUUGGAAAUGGUGGCUAUGGAAUUGUCCGAUUGUUUCGGGGACGAUCCGUCCGAUUUUGACGAUUUGGGCCACGCACAAAUGUGUUUCGAAGACAUUUAUAUUUCGAUUUACAAGUUGGACGGGGAACCGUGGGCGCGUAAAUUGCGGACGCGGCUUUCAAAACCUACCCAAGAGAGUCAGUCGGUACCACCCGGUGGACCGUAG